AUGGCUUCUGGUCCAGCUACUCAGUCGCUGAAAUGUGUCGUUACUGGUGACGGUGCCGUUGGCAAGACCUGUCUGCUCAUAUCCUACACUACCAAUGCCUUUCCAGGAGAAUAUAUCCCUACCGUGUUCGACAACUACUCAGCCAGCGUGAUGGUAGAUGGAAAGCCCAUCAGCCUCGGAUUGUGGGAUACGGCCGGUCAGGAGGACUACGACAGACUCCGUCCUCUCUCCUAUCCCCAGACGGACGUGUUCUUGAUAUGUUUCUCCAUCGUCAGCCCGCCAUCUUUUGACAACGUCAAGGCGAAGUGGUACCCUGAGAUCGAACAUCACGCGCCAAACGUACCUAUUAUCCUUGUCGGUACCAAGCUCGACCUGAGGGAAGACAAGGCCACCGCGGACGCUCUUCGGUCCAAGAAGAUGGAGCCGGUCUCAUAUGAACAGGCACUCGCAGUCGCAAAGGAGAUCAAGGCCCAGAAGUACCUUGAAUGCUCUGCUCUCACUCAGCGCAACCUCAAGAGCGUCUUCGAUGAAGCUAUCAGGGCCGUCUUAAACCCCCGCCCGACCCAGAAACCAAAGAGAAAGUGCCAAAUACUCUAG